UUUAAGCUCUCGUCUGCACAGUUCGGCAGUCCUGUUGAAGUGUUUCUUCAACAAAAUUACCGUUUUACAUUAAAGAUGAUUUUGGCUGUAAAGGUCUCGGUAUUGGCUUUGCUGGUUUACGGGGCUAAUGCUGGCUGUAGCAGAUCAAACUGGUGGUCCAGUAUGGACAAGACAGGGCUAUCAAAAUGUGACAAUGAAACAGAUUUCAUCUCGGGUUUGUAUAGGAACGAGAGAAUAAGCUGGGAUGACGACGCUUUGCAGCUGUUGGAAGAGGCGGAAUGUUGCACCAGAAACUGGACUUGGACACAAUCUAAAACCCAAACCGUGUACGCUGAUUGGUGGUUUACAUUUGACAGAUCAAAUUCUUGGGUUUAUUGUCCAGCUGGUUAUUUCCUGAAUGGUUUGUACAGAAAUGAGAACAACCCAGGUCUCUUACAUAACAUCGAAGAAGGGAGAUGUUCCAAGCCAGCCGACCACCCCCCAUACCACGGGCACUGUUAUGACCAAGACAUCGGUUUAUGUUUUGAUAACAAAGGCUUAUGUAGAUGUAACAACGACUACUACGUCACCGGUAUACAUCGCGGAAACUGUGACCAACUCCACUGCCUAGAUCAGCUGAGAUGUUGCACGACAGUUUCAGCACCGGAAGAACUAGACGAGAUGUACAAGGUAAAGACUCACAUCAUGGACACCACGAUGUCGGAGAUGGCUUAUCUGGCUCAUUAUUUGGGUUAUGGCUGGUGCUCGGGUUGUAGAGCGGCAUCUGUUGGAGAAGAUUUUAGAAGAAGUGGCGACACUUGGAACGCUGAUAAAAGUGGACGCUGCGAAGGAUACAUGAGUGAUAAACGUCUGAGCAUGGCCUAUGGUGACUGGAGCUUUGAGAUGAAGGACAUCAAGUAUGGAGAACCUGUGACACAGGACUUAAAACCAGAAACGUUAGACUCUGGUACUAUUUAUAACAAUGAUCAGGCUGAAGCAACAAAAACUAUCGAGAGAUCUGAGACCAGUGUCCGUAGCGUCACCCACACCACAACAAGUUCUUGGAAAUACAGCCACGAGCUAAAUGUCCAGGUGAGUUACAUGCCAUUUGGUUUAGGAGUGUCUGCCGGCUAUAAAUUCAACUAUGAGACCAGCACCACAACAUCUGAUGAAACCAAGAGAGAACAGUCAAAAACCUUUUCAGUCAGCACAUCUAAAACUCUGAGGCCGAAUUCUGCUGCUAAAUGGAGUCUUAUCCUGUCCAAAACAAGAACCUCUGUCACCUACACUGCUACUGUUAUAGCAAAGUUUUCCACCGAGUUUAGAGGAUUUCUGCGUAAAGGAACCAGCAAUACCGAUACCAACUACCAUUACCAGUAUCGUGGUAGCGGAGAUCACCCAACGUUUCACAACAGAUUCGGCGACUCCAGCAUUCCCUUCUACACAGCCCUGAAACGACAAAGCGAAACCAACUCACAGCCUUGGUUGUGGAAUGACAUAAAAAAUGUCUACUCGGGGGCUCAAAAGUUAAUCGAUGAUUUGUCUAAUGAAAACAGAUACAUGUUUACAAUAUCUGGCAGGUUUGAUGACGUAAGCGGCAAGCAGGCCGAGUUCCGCUGGGACUCUGCUCCGUUACGCAAGCGAUCAGCAACUCGUGGCGAGAACGUGCCGGAUGUCAUACACCAGAACUCCACUCACGUCGCCAAGGCUCUGCCUAACGAUGUUCCACCGGUGAAGCUUGACCCCCCUAAAGUCAACAUCGAGAUCAGUAACCAAACCAAGUUUGAGAACCACGAGUUAUCUGGUUCCUAAAUAUAUAAAACAUUUAACCAAUCAUAAUAAAAUCAAUAGAGGCAUGU